AUGCCCUCACUGCCGUUCUCCAAGCAAGGCCUCGCCAUAAGUGGCUGCGGUGGUGCGCCUCAUCAGGACGCCUCGGAGUCAGAUAUGAUAGACGGGAAUGCCAACCCUAACGUAGGCACAUCCCCCGUACCGAAUUCGCUCCACCGUCCCGCUUCCUCCUGUUCGCCAUCCGAUAAAUCGGACACUGAAAGCAAGAACUUUCGCAAUCGGACGAACACGAAACUAAAACUGUUAGUCAGAAGUCAUGCCAUGAGAGAGUCGACAUCCCCACCGCGGGAACCGCACGGCAACGGUUCAACGUCGCCGCACAGUCCGCAAUCGGCGGAUGGCGAGAAAAAGAUCAUAUGCAGCCUCUCGCCCAAUUCUGGCGCCAAGCUCAACAACAACGAAUCCAUAUUCAAUAGCAAUCUUUGUUCCGCUCAAUCUCCCAAACAGAUGCGCAACACGGCGACGUCGCCGACUUGUCGGGCACCGUCGCGAAAUGGUCAAUCUAGUCCUUCUCAGGUACAUUCACCAAAGAGCAUCACAUCUCCAACUAAUGGCAAUAAAUUGGAAAACCACCGUUCCAAAUUCGCUAGUGCGAAUAUCAUUCAGAAAUGCAAUAACUGUGUAAAGAACAAUCAAAAUGAGCGACCAGGUUUAUUGCAGACUCCGAUAUCACCCAUCAGAUGCGGUCAAACCUUGCAGCAUUCGCCGAAGAGCACCAAUCUUGCUCCGUGCGGCCAGAAUAAUCAGCACAAAUCCGAGCAACGAAGGCCGAACACAUUGAACAUUUGUAAUAAUCAAUGCUCGGCGCAAUGCGGCAACACACUCUCAGUGACCAGGCCCGGAUCUAGGCACAAGUUAAGACACCAGAAUUCGUCCCAAGGCAGUUACGAUAGCGCAUCGCCAUGCCUUUCACGCGAUAGUAGCACGGAGCUAUAUACGGACAGCACCGGGAUAGAUCUCGAACAAUUCAUUGCAGAAACUAUAAACCGCAAUCAGAAGGAUCGCACAGUGUUACUAAAGAUUGAGAAAGAUUUAAUCGAUUUCGCGAAGGAUCGACAGAAGGUUUCUCACAAAUUCCCGAACAUGUCUUCGUAUAACAGAAUGCUAGUGCAUCGAGUGGCAGCUUACUUUGGGAUGGAACACAACGUGGAUCAAUCGGGUUUAAGCGUUAUCGUCACGCGGACGAAAAACAUGCGAAUACCAGAUACUCGUUUUAAAGAGCACAUCAGAGAUGAUCUGAUCCUAUCAGAGGAGCCGCGAAGAAGUAUCCUGAAACGAGAUUCGAGCUCGUUUGAGGAUAGUUUUAAUUUCAAAUCGCCUGAUAGAUUGUCGGGCGAUUGCUGCCGGCGUAGCAAGAGUUUCGAGGAACGAGAAGAGGAAUACGAACGCGCCAGACGAAGGAUAUUUAAAGAUAGUAGUGGUGAAAGCAGCGAAGUUACAUCGUGGCCGUGGUCCUCAACAGAGAGUUCAGAUGCCUCUGCGAAAUUUCGCUUGCUACAUCCGGAUCAUCUAGUCAGGCAAAAUCGACUUCUGAAGGGCGAAUCUUUUGAUGGAAGGGAUUCAUUCCGCGGCGGAGUGUUGCGCCCAUCAGUUUCUAAGUCAUUCAGUUUCGGUGGAUAUACCAAAGGCAUGUUGACAAGGGGAGAUAGUGUUACAUCCACACAUAGCGCAGGAGCUCGCCUUAUGAAGCAAGAUUCUGGGGCGAGCAUGUGUUCACGUUUAAGUCCGAGCCGUUCGAGUAGCGGCUAUAAAUCGCAAAGUCAGCGUAGUGACGCGACGUUAUCGCCAUCUCUGUCACCUUCUCCCGUACCUGCCACUAUGACGUGUAGCCACACUCAAGUGUCCAGUCAGGACUUAAUCUCGCCAGAGUCGAACGGUGGCCAAACGGUUAUGUGGGCAGUCACUAGUUUGUCCAGCGUACCACCUGGCAGCAUAAUAAUAAACCCACAAACCAAUCAGCCAUAUACGAACACGGACGGCUCGAUUUAUCGUUUUGAUCCAGACAAUCCACCGAAGUUCUUUAAUAUGGAGAAUGAAAAUGGCACACCAUUGUCCACUAAUAAGCAGCAGCAACACAUGGAAUUGCCCUCUGAGCCGUCCAGAACGAAUAACAAUCUCAAGAAUGACAAUAGGAAACAGAGAUCGCCGCAAUCGAGGAUCAAUGUUACGGGGGCGUCUACCGGGGCCCAAGUAACGAACACAGCGACAUCGCCAAGUCUGCCAUUCACUCCGCCGCCACCGCCACCACCUCCUCUUCCUCCUACUUCUAUUCCGCAGAAUCCACCCAUUCUACAACAAGCGCAGCAACAGCAUCUCCAAUCUCAGCCGCAUCCGCAGCAGCAAAGUCUAGUCAAAUCGUCAACGACACUACCGAUAUUUAAUCAUACUAACCAAACAGCUCAACAACCCUACGCGACCUACGUACCUACCUCAGAACCGUAUAAUCAAGGUGUCUAUCCACCCCCCAUGGGACAACCGACUGUGAUGAUGGCAUCUCAUCUUACUCAGAGUCAAGCAAGUGUACAAAAUGGCGGUCAGGGCGAUGUCUUCAAUCAGAAUCAGGUCUACACCAAUUAUGCGGUACCUGUGCAUCAAGGACCAAUAUCACAGUCAGGGGACAUGGCCGAGUUAUCCGGAUAUUUCUUAGGUAUGAACAUUUAUGAUCAGCGUAGUAAUGGGGACAGCCACUCCACGCCUCCGCAUUCUACGUAUCCGCCAUCCUCUGCAAAUCAGACCGUGCAAAAUGUGCAGUCAAUACAACCAAAUUAUUGGCAACCAUCGCCAAAUCAAAUACCGCCUCAACAGACUAUGUAUUUUGUACCUCCACCUGGAACGACAAUUUCUGUCGGUCAGAAUCCGGGAGACAGGCAACAGCUGCAUCAACAGCAGAGAUUUCCAACGAAUUAUUCUUUCAACGCGCAAACGAUGACGUCUCCGAGCCAACCAAGUUCUAAUUUCGUCGGCAGUUAUCCAGUACCUUACAAUUCGUUACCAGCAGUAACUCCAACUCCUGGCGAUUAUACGUAUCAACCACCAGUUCAAAUGAUUCCUACGUAUUAUCCGCCAGGGCAGCCGGCGAUGCAACCACCGCCUGUGAUGUACAGAGUACCUACGCCACCGAACACACCAACAUCUAGUCAAAUACCUGGUAUGCCGUUGAUGUACGUUAACUCAAGUAGCUAUGCAACCCCGACAAUGAUGACCAGUGGAACAUUCGGACAUCAGGUCACCCAUAACGGUACGUCCCCGGCGCCGCCUGGAGCAUAUAUGACACCCACGUUGGUUCCCAAUCUCGUCUUCAGGCAAAAUGUUCCGAUCGUUCCCAGCGUGCGGGCGACAACGCCAGGUAAUUCCCAAAGAGCCAGUCGAUCUCCAACUCCGGCGCACGAGUUUUUCGGAGGUGGGAGCGGGGACCGAAGCGCACAACCUCAACCACGUUACCCACUGCCAAUGUAUCAGGGUGUCCAUAUCGUGCAAGGGGACAUGAGAUUGAUGCACUCAGGCGUACCAUCUAAUUCCCGGUUGCAGUAUGCACCAGUAUCAUCACCGCCUGUUGUUCAAGGCUGCCCGCGGCCUUACAGGCCACCUUCGUCUAACACUUCGGGUGCCGGUACGCCGAUUUCCUUUGACGGCAGAAAUCAGAAAAUUCGUAAACAUAGGUCCAAAAUAACAUCUUUGCCACCAAGCGGCGCACGACCCAAUUUUUAUCAAACAUCUUCCAUGUCAUCGCUUCCAUCGAACAUACCCAAAGACAUCAGAGAAGGUAUGAAAAAUUAG